UUGUGGAAAGAUGUUCUUUACUAUUGUCGUUUUAUUUUGGAGGUGAUUUUGUUUUGGUGAUCAUGGAUGACUUCACUUCCUGUUCCGGGUUGUUAUGUAGUGCGAACCGCAUGCAAAACUUGAUGCGCGUGUAUUUUUGCCCUCCUGUGUUGCGGACAAUAAAAUAAACGGGAAAAGUAAUCAACCAACCAAGUGUGUGCAUUAUUAAGAGAACAUGGCCGAAGAAGAAGAAAACUCUUCGAACUCAACAGGUUAUGUGCCCAGGCGUAACACAACAGGAGGAAGAUGGCAGAGGUUAGUGUUCAACGGAGACGAAAACGGUUACGAACUCUGGGAGACAAAGUUUCUCGGCCACAUGCGGAUAAUUGGCCUAAAGGACACUAUAUUAUCAGACAAUAAUCCAGAUGCAGAGAAGAAUGCUGAAUGCUACGCUGAACUGAUUCAGUUUCUUGAUGAUAAAAGCCUUUCACUGGUAAUGAGAGAUGCGACUGACGACGGAAGAAAAGCUUUAAAAAUACUCCGUGACCACUACAAUAGUAAAGGCAAACCUAGAAUCAUCGCACUGUACACAGAGCUGACGUCUUUACAGAAGAAACCUGAUGAGACAGUGAUAGAUUAUAUUAUCCGAGCUGAAAAAGCAGUGACCUCCCUAAGAAAUGCAAAAGAAGUCAUCAGUGAUGGACUUAUUAUCGCUAUGAUUUUAAAGGGGCUUCCUGAAGCUUACAAGCCAUUUGCUAUUCACACAACUCAAAGCAGUGACGAUUUAACAUUCACACAGUUCAAAAGCAACCUACGAAGUUAUGAGGAAACCGAGAAAUUCGACAACAAAGUGAAAACAGAUAAUGUGAUGAAGGUUGAUUUAACCUCAAUCAUCUGUCAUGGAUGUGGAAACCGAGGACAUUUUGUAAAAGAUUGUCGCCAAAAGGGAACACCUAGAUGGUGUAGCUACCAUAGAAGCUCGACACACAGUGAUGAGACAUGUAGAAGAAAAACCAAGUACAGAGAUGAUGCAAAACUAACUGUAGAAAAACAAGAGGACAAGAAAGAAGAGCAGACUUUUGUAUUUAAAGUUAGUCAAAGACUUCUGCCUACUGACAUAAGAAGAGAAGGACUAAUGGUGGACUGUGGUGCUACUUCACACAUCAUUACGGAGAAGAACAAGUUCAUAAAGUUUGAUGAGACUUUUGAUCCUGAGAAACACUACAUGGAGCUUGCUGAUGGAUCCAGGACAAAUAACGUCGCACUCAAGAGGGGAGAUGCCAACGUCUCUCUACAGGACGUACAAGGACACUGUACCACCAUCACAUUGAGAGAUGCUCUGUUCAUCCCAUCCUACCCUCAGAGCAUAUUUUCAGUGAAGGCAGCUACAACCUAUGGAGCACAGGUGAUCUUCAAGAAGGGACAGAGUGAACUGGUGAACAAAUAUGGGACAGUCUUCUACAUCGAAGAAUACAACAGACUCUACUAUUUGAAAACGAGCAACAUGUGGAAUUCCCCAAACCUAUAAAGAGGCACUGAUGUCACCAAAGGCAACAAGGUGGAAACAGGCAAUGACAGAAGAAAU